GGAAGAUUUUACUAUGUUAAGAUUUCAACACUGAAGUUAAAAGACCCUAAAAUGCUGAACAUGAAGUGAAGAAUUCUGCACUGCAAUGAAUAGCAGUUCUCUCGAAAUCAGUGUGCCGAGUGGCUCCUUGCUAAAUGGAAUAUCUCCUCCCACCAAACUUGAUAUGAGAUAUUCUUCAUCCUCUAGCAGUGGGACCUCCACAUUUGACCACGAGACAGCCACUACAGCCUCAACACCGGCUACUCUGAACUCAGAUUAUGCAAUACCAGUAGUUCCUGGACCGAGCAGUUUAGUGACCAUAUCAGGCAUUUCUACCACUCAAACCACCCAGACAUACGUUUUCGGACCAUCGCCGAUAGUUACUGUUGACGAAGAUGAACUUCAGAAAGAAUGUACCGGAAUCAUGCUGAGAAACGGGAAAAAGUACAAAGUUUCACUCUCACUGUUCUCACUAACCUGGGAGAGGGAGAGGAAAGCGAAGCGAAUAGGAAAAAAAGGACAGAAGAAGUACGAGUUAAAGUUAGAAGACGUGUUGGGAGCCUGCUCUCAUCUCAACUUUAACUUCAGACACCUAUUCAGAAAGGGUCGUGAUCUCUUCAAACUUAGAGUUUACACUUACAAAAAAAUGGAAGAUGGAAAAUGGAAAAAUAGUUAUUUCCAGUUCUUUUGUCAUUCUUUGGUGGAAGUGCAAGAGUGGGCCAAAAGUAUCAACAUGAGAAUAAACUUGCUACAAAGACCACGCAGAGUCCACGUGUUCGUUAACCCUUUCAGUGGGGAGGGGUUAGCUUGCAAAGUUUACAACACUAAAAUAGCUCACAUAUUCCAAAUAGCUGGGAUUACAACUACUGUUACAGUGACUGAACGGGCUGGACACGCAGGAGAUAUCGUCAGAGAAAUGGAUUUAAACUCAACUGAUGCGAUAGUCUGCAUAGGAGGGGACGGAGUAUUCCACGAGGUGUUUAACGGCUUACUCUGGAGACAGCAAUACGAAAUGUUCGGAGAAGAAGCUAGAAAAGUGAAUCCCCAACCCUGUCCUAUCAAAAUAGGCUUGAUCCCCGCGGGUUCCACAAACACAGUAGUGUACUGUACAACAGGACUAGCAGAUACUACCACAAGUGCUAUGCAGAUUGCAAUGGGAAGGGAAUUAAAGAUAGACCUCACGUCAUGUUGGUUUGAUGGAGAAAUCGAGAGAUUUGGCACAAACUUUUUAGGAUACGGAUUUUUCGGCGACGUGUUAAAGUCGAGUGAGGAGUACAGGUGGAUGGGACCCACACGUUACGACUUCUCCGGGUUUAAAACUAUUGUAAAUCUCAAGUCUUACAAGGGACGGAUAGAGUUUAAAGAAGGACUCACUUCCGGGUCUCCUCAAGAUAUUUGUAAACACGGAUGUUUGGUGUGUAAAGAGACCACAGAACAGUCAGAAGGACAGUGGACUGUUCUAGAAGACCACUUUGUUUCUAUAGACGGCUGUGUUAUGUCCUGUUGUUCCCCGCAAGCCAACAAGGGACUCUCACCAGCUGCUCACAUAGGGGACGGGUGUUUAGAUCUUAUAGUCCACAGACGGGCCAGUCCGCUCAGAUACCUCAAAUACCUCGCAAAUACCGCAUUCUUCAGUAAACCAUUUACAGGAGACUUAGUGGACGUGCACAGAGUAACGGAGUUCAUGUUUAGUUCCACCUGCUCACAUGACAAGGACACGGAAUGUGGAAACUGCUCCACGUGGAACAUAGACGGGGAGCUGUACCACCAACAUUCCAUACACGUGAAGGUACACAGACAGGGUAUCACAUUGUUGGCAUGCCAACCCGGCUAGUUUCAAUCCCUGGAGUUAUUAGUUUGUUAGUUAAUUUGACAUGUUAUUAAAGUAUACAGAAAAUGCGAUUUUAAUCUUGUAUUAACUUCUGCUAGAAUUAUGAUGUUAUUGGUUAUCCCAAUUUAAUUAAUAUUGCGUUGUUUUUAUGAUAAACUGUAAACAUGUAUUUACAAAUAAAAAUAACUAUUAAAUAGUCAUGAAAAUUUUGUGAACUGAAUGUUGUUGGUUAUUUAUUAAUGAUGCGCUAUAUAAUAUGAUGGUUAGGUUUAAGGUUAUUGGUUAUGACAUCAGACAUUUCCGCCUUCUUUGUUGUAUUUUUAGUUCGCUUGUUGAAUUAAUUCUUACGUACCUGGGGACCUCAGGCUAUCAUGUUUAUAAACAUAGAAUAGAGAUUCGGCGGAUCGAAUGACAGGCUGAGCGCGGCCCAGUAAUGAAAUUCGUGAAAUUUGUUUUCUUAAUUCUAGUUUA